AGCUUUUUAGAUAAUUUAGAUCUUGAAAAAGCAGAAACAGUGAAAGAUGCUGUGUCGUCCCACUGCCCCGCAAGUAACUGACGGGGGCGGGGGUGGGAAAAAUAAAAUGAUGAGACUCGCCGUGGAGCAGCUACAUUUCUAUCGAAGAACAACACGAUAAGCAGGAGAAUCUGUACCGGCGAAGAUCUUCUGCAAGGAACAAGGAUAGCAGGAGCCAUCGUAAGUAAGAACACUUCACUUCUUCUACCAUCGGUCGUAGUCAUAGGUGUGGUCGCGUAUAAUUUCGUCUAGGAGAGCUGCUUGCUGUUGUAAAAAACUCAUCGAGAGGACGCCGGCGAGAAGAUGACGACGGUUGCCAAAGCGAAGGACAGCAUCAAUCUGUUGGAGAAUGCGGAGCUCAUAUCGGACAGAAAAAAGCAGGCAAGGCAUAGUUGUAAUGCAAAAGAUAAAAAGCAGAAAAAUCUGUCAUAGGUGAGCCCAUAGCGUGCUGGUUAGGGUAUGCAAUACAGAUUUUUUUGUAUAUUUCUUUUUGCAUUACAAAUAUGACCUGCCUGCUUUUUUCUGUGGGAUAGCUCAUCAAGGACCUCCGCCGCCGCAACCGCGGCAUGGGGGAGACGCUGCGCGAAUGCCGCCACGUGUGCUGCUUCAUCGUGUUUGUCACGCUUUUCACGGUCCUGAUCAUGAUUGAGUCGUUUGCCAACUUCUACUCCUUCGAGAAAUCGAUACGAGACAAAUUCGACAACCUAACCGGGACCGGGUCGGACGCGCAAAGGAUACAACUGUCCGACGUGGAGACCAUAUCCGAUUGAACGACUCGACGUCGGUCUUCCUCUACUGUGCGGCCUCAGUUGUCGUCGUGUGACGGCGAGAAAUUUAAUAUUUUUCUGAAGCUAAAAGCGCAAGUCUUAGUUUACCGUGCCCGGGCUGUUGUUGGCGUUCUUGGGAAUGCAGUUCUGCAUAACAUCAAAUAAAGUUCCGCAUGUUGUUGAAGUUGUCCAAAGAGAAUUGCAGGCCGUCGUGUGCGGACAAAAAUGAAUUCUUCAUGCCAAUAAAGCUGUCUUCUAUUGCCUUUCAUGCGCACCAGCUCCUUCACAUGAGGGAAGAAAGGACCACGAGUUGUUGCAUUUCAUAAGCGAUCGACGACCUGUGGCGCUACCUGAACACGACCUUUUACGACAAUGUCUAUUAUGACAGCAUGGCGCCAAAUGCGACUUACUCGAUUCUGAAGCUGGACCAGAACCAGUACAGAAAUUCGUUUCGAAGCUUUGUUUGAUUUGCAGCUAAUCAUGCCGCUUGUGAUGAAAGAUCUCAGUUCACCUAUUAAUUACUAUCGGCUGUGUUUACUUUACAUCUGUUCUGCCGGACACCAUGCGCACCACUUCUUAAUUAUCUUGCAGAAAGGAUUCUUGUAGAUACGGAAAUCUAAAUCGAUGCUCCACAUCAACUAUAUCUACAGUUACAAUCUCCUGACCGGCAAAGUGCGGUUUCGGGUGGUCUAUCAAAUGCAAAAAUGUCUGGGUCUGGAAGAAUGCGCGACUUGUCAUGCAGCUUUUUCUUGACCCAUGAGGUCUGGAAUGCAGGACCUAGCAUGACAGAAUCUGCGCGAUCUCUAUCAUGCUUAUCCUGCAUGAGAAACUCUCGCCAGACUUGGUCAAAACUGGACGACUUUUGGUAUGUAUGCAACACAGAUUUUUACAUGCUUCAUGUUUAGCAUGACAAGUUGCGUUCUUCCAGACCCAGACAUUUUUACAUUUGAUAUGGUCCGCGUCCAGGAAGCGAGCAACUGCCAGCUAUCCUGUGCAAAAGUAUCGUACUCGUAGUAAUUGCAGUCAUGCACUACAAAUCUCGUUCCUAAGGCUAAUCAGCAUGACAGAUUCCAUUUGUCGUGCUAAGCGAAUUUGUAUUGCAAUUACUACUAGCACGAUGCUUUUGCAGUUCAUACCAGCUCUCCGCAGCCUACUCGAUGUACGAGCCGUGUUAUGAGAGUGCAAAACUCCCCUUCCCCCGCAGUCGUAUUGCAUGACCAGCAACACAAGCAACAGCAGAAUAGGGUUUUUCGCAUGACAAAUCUGCGUGCAUAUUGUAAGUAGUACUAUUCGAGAUUCUGGCUCCAAAACUUGUCAUGCUAGCAGUGCUUUCGAGUAAGGUACGAACUUGGAGUAUUUUGCAUGACGAAUGAAGAGGAGGGGGAGUUGUGCACUCUCAUACGUGUUAUGGGGGCUACACCGAGGACGUCGAAGCGGUCGAUGAGUAUGGGAAAGACCCGGAGGAUCAGUUCGAGCACUCCGUAGAGGAGGGUAUCCUCAGCAAAAACGUGUCCCCGCCCCAGAGUUGUAUCAUGCAGAUUUGGAUCUACAACUACAGGAAGAUUUGUAAAAUGCUAAUGCGCAUCCUCAUGAGCGAGGCAUUUUGAGUCGUGUUUUGGCAUUUGUAAUGCUGUAAACAGGAUGAGCUGAUGGCUUUGUGAUGCGGUUGUCCUUGCUAUUAACCUGCACAACUACAAUAGAGAGAUGAGACUAACUUGUCACGACCCAAAACUUCUGGAUUUGUGUUGCUGGAGAGUUCCCAACUUGAUUAUGGGCUGGAAGCGUUUUUUCCCAGGAUAGAGGGGUUCAGUUAUUCCGGAAUAGCGGCAACGUACUCGCCCAACGGAUACAUGAACACGAUAGGGACGAACCACACAGAAGCGCAGGAAAAAUUGAAUAAAUGGAAAGAGGACGCAUAUUUCGACGUAGCAACGAGGGCGGUUUUCAUCGAUUUCAACGUACUUACUAUUUUUGCGAUUUCGAUAAUAAACUUGUGCAUGGUCGUUUGCUAGUAUGAAAUCAAUGUUGUUGCCCCGGCAGCUGCCUUUGUUUCCGUUUACGCCAGUUGAGAUUUGUUUCUUCAGAGUUCGUUGAUUCGAUUGAUGAUUAUGAUCGCAGCACCAAUAAACUUGAUUGAAGUUCUUGUUGUGCAUAAUUUCGUUCAACACUCGAUUUACAGGUUUACAACGUGAAUCUCGGGUAUUACGGGGCAACGAAGCUGGUGUUCGAAAUAACACCGAGCGGGAAAAUGGAGAACCGGCUUGACUUCACCGUGGUCACGGACCGCUACAUUGAGCCCAACUUCGAUGGCCAGAUGAUAGCUGAGAUGGUGCUCAUACUGUUCGCGGCUUAUUACAUAGCCCAGGAGCUGUCCGAAUUUAGUAUCAGCAAAACGGAGUAUAUGCAGGUAAGAAGGGAAGUUUUUGUACUUGUAUCAUUGUAGAAGUGGAGAUCAUGAAAUAAAAAGUAGAAAUAGAUUUAGAUGCUUAUAACAAGAAUAACUGUCGAGUAGCUAAGAAUUUUCAAAAUCGUUAGCUAGCUUUCAAAAAAGCAUGUUGUAAAUACCACCUCUGCAGGUGCGGAAUAGAUAUUUAAUUAGCUAGUAGGAAUGCUGUCACGGAUGCGUCUCGUAACGCCGAGGGAGAAUCAGCACGGUACUGCGUCGAAUGCCAUGAUUUUGGAUUUGUGUUGCAUUAUUUGAAGGACUACGACAGCGGCACUAUAUCAGGUGGCUUACAGCUACUCGGUCUGCUACAUAAACCUAAGCUUCGGUUGGAAAAAAUAACAAUUGAAUCGGGUUAAUAAAAAGCAUUUUGCAGUAUGUGUUUUGCAUGGGGAGAGGAGAACUGUGAUAUUAUAGGGAGCAUGAAUGUGAUGGAUUUUGAAACUAAAAACAGGGUCCCUUUCGUGUGGUUCUUUCGAUGUUGUUGUGUGCACUUCUACGACCUCUUGAACGUAUUUCAAUUCCUCAUCUCAGUCGUACGACAUCAUCUAUUUUACGACUUACAAAAUGGGAACACAACCGCACGAGAUUGAGAAAAAGGCACGUCGCGAAUUUGCAUCAGACAUUUUGGAAUGGUUUGAUUUGAAAUUUAUCUUUGAAACCACAAGCGACGUAUUUAUCCGACCGAAGCUGAACGCUUUUCCUGAUCAUCCCAGCAACGCGGAGCACUAUGCUGGGAUACAGCUGAAAAGUACGAAGCAGUGGAGCGGUGAUUUCGAGCGCCGCAUCAAGUUCAUUUUGUGCAACGAGGGGGAGCGUCUUCAUGGAACUAUUUUGGUCGGCACCAGCCUCGACGACACGGACAAGUACUUCGUUGAUGUUGUCCACAGAGUCGUGGACUAUUCGGAUUUUGACGUAACAAGUUCGGUGGUGACGAAGGAAGAGCUGCCGGCCCGCUUGCGUCGUCUGUGGGGGUGCAACAUGGUCGUUCGCCACAUGAUGGUUGGAGCACUGUUAAAUGCUUACAGCCAAGAAACUCUCGUCGAGAAAUCGGCGCGGGACUUGUUCAUCAAGCAGAUCGAAGAGACGGACUUGGUGUACGAACCUGCUACGACGGAAUUCGACGCCAUCGAUGGCCAGCUGUAUCACAAAUCCAAUCCAGAUCAGAAGUGGGCGGUACAGGAAAAAACUUUGUAUUGGCGGAAGGAGCACGGGAAAAGCCUCAAUCUCCGGUGCUCGCUGAAGCGGUACCACUUAGCGCGUUCGCAGUUUUUCACUUAGUCUUGCAUGAGCUUCCACGCACUGCUGCUCCCUGCUAUUUCCAUGACAAUUAACUGCCAGGUCGCGCGGCAAAACAUACAAGGUUGACGAUGCUGAUUUUCUGCUGGUGCAUUGUCGUACGAAGCCGGUCGUUGGAAGCUUCAACGAACUGCACGGCAGCGCCUUGAUUCCGUUCCGCACCCUCCACGAAACAGGCCACGUUGGAGACGAAGAGAGGUACUACCAUUAUUGCAUAUUAUCAUUGAAAAAUUAGUGUGAGCUUGAUGCUUGUUUAGUGCAUAGCAACUACUCAUAGAAAUGCGAUAGUCAAACAGAAUGAAAACACAAUAAAAAAACAAUUAUCAUCCAGCGCGGGCAAGAAAACGCUGGAUCUGUAUCCGAACGCACCGGGAGUAAAAAAACCAAGACUGGAGGGAGUUCUUGAGCAGUACUACGUGCAUGCUACGACCGAGAGCUCAUUUGCCACCAGGCUGACGUCGAUUCUGAGCGACCACGUGAACGAGUCCCAAUCUUCAUCUUCUUCUAUGCAGUAACAGAACCAAAACGACGAUGAACAACAACAAAAAACAGGACGAUGAUGGUGGUGCAAUAGAAAAACCCAUACGAAGGAACACACAAUCAACACGAAGGAAUUUUUGUCAUGCGAAACGCGUGCAGGAUGUUGCUCCUGCAGCGGCUAAGAAGUAGUUUGCAUCGAUUGGGAGUUCCAGUGCAAACAAAUAAUUAUUUUUAUGUUGUGACUUUGAGUCUCACUUGCUACAAGUUGUAAUGCGAAAUCCAGGUUUUACGAAAUGAAACAAGAACUAACAAAAAUAGAAAAUCAUUAACAUUUAAUUUUUGAAUUCUCUUCUACGGAGUGCGUAUCUCUAGUCAACAGCAGAUGGUUUAUGAAAGUGAAAUCUGAGACGAGGUGGCAGAGAAGUUUGUCAUGCUAAAGGGACUAUGGAUAUAUACAAACGGCCGCAUCACAAGCCUAGCCAUCGUCUCAGCUUUCUUUCCAUAAGUUUCACCGCUGAAGUUUCGGGGGUAUAGACGAGAGGUAUUUUUUUUGAAUACGAAACUAUUAAUCUGUGCAGUCAAAAUCAACUUCUGCACCAAAUAAAGUUCUGCUGCUAUUCUUGUACUGAAAAAGUGCACUGCAGCUUUUCACAAAGCGUAUAAUUAUAAUUUUUAUAUUACUUUAUAUUCAUAUACUCUUGCCUUCGUCUCACCAGUGUCAGGUGCUAUUCUUGCUAUGGUCCGCACAACCUUGCCGAAGACCAGUUUUGCAAUAUCAACAGUCGAAUUUGUCAUGCGCAUUGCCCUUCUGUGACAACGUACGGAAAUCGACAAAAAUUAUUUGCAUAAAAGCCUUGCGAUUGUGCCUUUUUGGAAAUGUCUCAAAGCAGUGAUUACACGCAUGACAGAUUGGCAAUUUUGGUUGGGCAUAGGAAAGGUUGUCUGGUUGCAUAAUGCUGUAAAAAUAAUCACUUCACGUCGUGAAAUUGACCAGUGCUGCGACCUGAUACGAAGAACAGAAAAAAGAAAAAUCAAAUGAUUAGCUCAAGAGGCUGUUUCCUGUUUUUUUCUCUAUGGUGCACUUCUUGAGAUGCUUGUCCCAGGACUCGAUUGCAUUCUUGUGUUCGGCGAUUUGCUGCGACGACCGCUUGUUGGACUUGCGGUUCCCGUACGCCUCCAAGAACCCCUCGUCGCCCGGAAGAUCACUUGCGGAUCUCGGCGAGACAUGAUCGAGCAAGUCCAUCUGCGUCCCGUCCGCCUGCGAUUGGGCUUCUUCAUCCCCUGCUUUCCUCCGUCGCGGUCCGUCGGCCUUGAUCCAGUCAGCAGCUAGCGCAGUUUCGAACACAGAAUCCGGAACCGGAAUAGCCUUGUUCUUGUUCGGCCCUGCACCGUCGUCGAUCCGCCGAGUCUCGAAUUCAUCUUUUUCCAGAUCGAAUUCCGCGACGACAAACGGCAGCAAAUCGCUCACGACGUUUUUGGUGACGUCGCCACUCACGCCGCACUCCGGGCCGUACUUGACGUGGGUCGGGAUGUAGGUGUCGCACCAGCCCAACCGGAUGGUGUCGCUCACCAGACCUUGCUGAUUGCGGUGCGACUUCAUGGUUGCGAUUUCCUUUGGCAGCAGAUCAGCGAGCGAAACCACCGAGUACUGGUACACCGACUGCAGCCGUUUUACCCCGUCCAUCAUGGUGCUGAUGACUCCCUUCGGACGACCGAGAUGUUCUUGCGGUGCCAGAAUACGCGGGUUUUUCUUCUUCUUCUUCUUCGCGAAGAUUCCAGCACCACCAAGCUCUUCUUCAUCCACAGCAGUAGUCAGGGUGACGAUCCGGGUCGCGAACUCGUGGUCAAUCGGAUCACGCGAUAUGAAGUUGGAAAACCCUGACCACACAAAAAACGCUCUAUGAAAUAAAAGUAGCAUGACAAAGUAGACAAGUUUGCCACUGCAUGAACAUGUUCGGUAUUUGUCAUGCUAGAACUACGUACAACCACAGCAGAGCUUUAUCAUAUAGCGUUUUUUCGUGGUCAGUGGUUUUUAGAGGAGAUAUCGUUUGCCAUGCACUGGAAGAGGCACAACUUGUUCUCGCUGCUGAGCAAGUUCAGGUGCUUAUCCUUGACGAACGGAAAUUUGGUCUGGAUUCCCUGCAGUAGCCCGAGCUGCAGCGCGUCGGGGAUCGUCGGAAACAUCAGCGGCAUGUAGAUCGCGGGCGUGGACCACAAGUUCGAGGCUAAAAACACCUGCGUUGGCUCAUCGCCAGUUUUCUGCCGGCGCACAACGCCCUCGUAGGUCCGCAACUGCGUGAACAAAAACGGCUUCUUCUUCUUCGGUUCCGUAGUAGUUGGAAUGCGGAAAGUCAUCGGUCCGAGCCGACUGAGCUCGACCGCCUGAACCCAGCCGCCCAUCCAGUUCGACAGGCGGUAGUGCGUAGCGGUUUCCUGGGGUUGAUCGACGGGAUGGGCGAUAACCCAGGUCUCGACGUCCUUGAUCUUCACCUCGAUGUCGCGGUCCGCGCCGAAUCGGUUACCCAACGCUUCGUAGCCGCGGAUCUGGUCUUUACUGAUGAAAUCGCCGUUCAUGAUGACUUCGGCUUUCGCGGCGCGGAAGCCGUACUGGUGCGCAGCAACAGACGUGAAUUGCUCGGAGAUCGUGUGGUCCAGUAUGGUCCGGACGAGUUUCGGAAGGGAUUUGUACUGUUUCCAGGCGUUGUGCGCGGAAAAUUUCAAAUCCUUGAACGCCUUGGUCAGCUCGGUGCCGGAAUCUUUGCCGAACGUGCGCUGCUGGGCGUUGUCGAAUAGCAGGUGCGACAGGUCUGUGCCAGUGGGUGUACUUCCCUUGCGCUUCAUCAGCAGCUUCAGCAGUGUGGAUAUUUCGCGGGGAGUAAGCAGCUCCAGCGCCUUCGGAUCGCCGACCCGCUCCGGUUCGUACAUCCGGUUGUGCAUGGCAGAAUACGCGAUCCUGUGCACCUGCUUGCUCGUCAUCAGACCGUCUGCUUUCUGGCCUUUCCGCUGGGUCACUUUCAUCUCGCGAAACUGACCUUCCUGCCAGAACUCGGUGAUGGGGAGACAGCGGACCACGCGGAUGGACCAUCUGUUCAGCAGCUUCCGCGCGUGUUCUUCCGGCAAAGAAAAUACCGCGAGUACGUUCGUUUUCGCCGACACGCCCAACUCGUAGAUGCAGAGAUCGCCUAGUUUCUCGGCUUGUUCCGGCGUGAUUGUGGUGUGUCCGUAGCCGAAGGACUCGAAGAGGCCGAAGCUGGGAUCUCCGACUUCGUAAAACCACUGGCUCACGCACCGCUGCAUGCAGAACCACGCCGGCCCCUCGUGCAGCUUGGAUUUGUGGUAUGCAGAACAGAAAUCGUCCACCAAAUUGACGAACGUUCUGUUGCGGUUUUUACUGCGACUGCGCUGCACGAUUUCGGUCGGAAGCGCAGUGUUCAUCUUCGCGUCGGGAUCGAUGUACCUCUUGUAGGAGUUGUGCAGCUCCUUGGUCCUCAAAUUCGGAUAGCACUUGCCACACUUCUCCAAGUGCAGGAGCAAGGUGUAGUACGUGAAAUGGCCGCGGACGACGUCCUGGUGGACGCCGAACAAGUAGUAGUUCAACUCCUUCAACUCCUUGUACAUUUCCGGAUGGUAUCCGAGCCAGCCUUCCUUCUGCAGCUUCUUCCGCAGCGCGACGUCGGGUUGGAUGAAGAUGGGUUCAUUAUUCUCCACGAGAAUAGCGUCAGUGCGCUUCUUGGUGAGGUUCCGUAGAAUGCAGGUGAAACUGUGCAUGACAAAUCAUCUGAAGAUCUACCUGAAAUCAUAAAUCAAAGCAACCACUUUUGUCAUGCAGAAACAACACUCUUCAGAUGAUUCCAUAUGCACGAUUUCACCUGCAUAAUGCGGCCUUUAACCUUCUCACGAUCCGCCAGCGCGCAGAUGAUAAACCGGGUGAGCCAGUACGAUACCUGCAUCGUGUCGCACCACAACCACAUACCGAAGAACCGCGACGCCGCGCAGUGGAAGGUGCUAUAGCCUGGUAUUAUGUGAUUUUAUCAUAUAAAAACGAUGCAAUUCUGUAACCUCAGAUGAGGGCCUCCGGAGGGGGGCCUAGACCCCCCCCCUAUAACCCCCCUCUAUAGAACGCCUUCAUUUUUCUUCGCCGCGUGGUAUGAUGGACUCAGGAGGGGUACCGAGACCCCCCCCCUAUAGGGUCGCCUAUACCCCGUCAUAAUGCUUCAUAAUAAUUGUUCCAUUUCGCCUAUUCUGAAAAUAACAAAAAGGUGCAACAAUACGUGUCGCAAGCGCCGACUUCACCGUGGAAGAAUUCUGCUCUUUCAGCAGCUCCUUCCGGUAUUUUCGCUUCAACGACGCCGGCUUAUCCUUCACCUCCUCCUCCACGAGUUCGUCCUUUGCGAGAAAAAACUCGCCUUGGUUGUUUCCCUUGUUACGCGGACCAGUGGCCCAGUGGUCGAGCAUGUCUUUGGCGGUGACAAGUCCCGGAACGCAGUUUUUGCAGUUGUUGGAGUGGCGAUGCAACGGCCCAAAGUGGGUCGUUCCCGGCAGGAACAGCUCCUGACUUUGACCUGCACGAGAACCGUCUCCGCCUUGGUCGCUCAUGGUGUGAAACUCCAGCAAGGGCUUCGUCGUUUUGUCGAAGUUUAUCAACCACUCCGUAUCCAUGUCGCGCCAGCUCCUCUCCUUCGGCACAAACCGGGCCUGCAGCGCGGCAUACCCGAACUGGGUAAAGAGUAUACAGUGCCAAGAUGACCACUUAUUUGCUAUUUUUGUGCUGCGUAGUUCCAUGCAGAGUAAUAUUAUUCACGAUGGUGUUGUAGAGGACAAAAAUAGCAAAAAGUGGUCACUUUUGCAUUCGAUAUUCCACUGGUCGAGGUAGAGGUGUCCGAUGUACUGGGAUUUCUUGUUCGGCGCCUUCGACGUCAGCUGCGCCAAGCCGCCAGUCUGUAUUGCGUUCGGCUGCAGAAUCUGCGACAAGAAUCCCGGCUUCUUCGGCGGAAUACCGUGCUCCGGAUUCUUCGGAUCCACAUCGGAAUAGUAAAUGAACUGGUUAUUUGAUGUUUUAUAUGAUUGUAUUCCCAUGCAGCAUAAGAUUAUGCGCGACGGUAUGACGCUACUUGAUCAACAGCAAGUAUGCACAUCUUCAUGCACGUGAUAGCAUGGCGGAUAACUUUACUCACGGUGGAAAAUCUAUAGGUACCGCUGAUCCCCACGCACCCUGUGAUCGCACCGUGGACGAAUCCGCCAGCAGACAAACAGGACCUUCUCUUGCACCACAGUCGACGCGAAAAACUUCCCGAAUCAAUUUGUAUUCCGGAUCGUUCUCGUCUUGGGCGGCAAAUGCGCGGUUCAGGAUGACGAAUUCGCCGUAGCGGCGCAGCGCAGCACACUGUUUUUUGAUAUCGAUUGCUCCAUGCAGAAUAGCAUUAUACUGCAUGGCACUAUAUGCGUGCUUCUUAUCAUCAUCGUGCCAUGCGGGAUAAUAUCAUGCACGGUGGAGCUGUUGCGUUUACUGGUAUCCACAAAUACUGCCGUCGUGGAUAAUCUUAUGCUGCGUGGUAUGAUCGAUAUCAAAAAGCAGGAAAAACACCUGUGCUCGCUUGCUGUUGUCGUCGGCGCCGGGUCGGCCCAGCAGCUGUAUUGCCUUGCGUCGGAUGUGCUCCACGGACAGCCAAAGGUUCAGAACGUCCAGGUCCGCCAGCUCGUCGCGGAAGUUGCAAUUCCCGAACUUGGCGUAGACCACUUGCUUCGACUGCGUCAAGCGGUGCCACAGGUAAAUGAAUGCCUUGUAGUAUUCGUGCAUUAGUAUUUGUUAUGCAGCAGUAGUGUCAUGCGGAAUAACAUUAUACUGCAUGGCAUCAUGGCUCCAAAAUUCCACAUACCAGAUCCCAUUCGUCGCCUGUCAUCUGCGGGCACCACGUGAUCUUCCCGUGCUUCCACAGAUCCCUCGGAGCCGUCACUUUCAACCAGAAGUCGUAUCCUCCGGGUGACGGAGCAAGACUCUUCGUCUUGUACUGCGGACGGCCCGUGUGCGGGCAGCGGAUGGGAACGUCCCAUCUGGUCGCCCGCGACUUCCGUUUCUUCUUCGGCGAAAUGACGACGGACGCGGCGGAAUCAUCGCUCGAAGACACGUCUUCGACGCCGAGCAAUUCUUCGAGAAGCCAGUGAUCCUUCUUCAUCUUGAUUGGCGGGUCCAAAUGCAGGCUGACGUAGUAAUCCACCGGAAUAAUCCGCUGACCCUCCUUGUCAGCGGGCGGCUCAUCGGGAUCCAGCUGCAGCCGCGCAGGCGGCAGCUUUGGCGGAAGCAUCAUCGCGUGAUGCUACUUUAUCUCAUCUCUCAGUAGUAUCAAUCAGCACAAGACUACGGGCGUAGAUGGAGGCAGAUAUAUGAUGAGGACCUGGAAGGUUGGUUAUCAAGACGUCGCUACUGCACAUCUCUCACGGCCCCUGCGACAGCGACCACUUGUACGACCCAAAUUGCACAUCCACAUUGACCGACACAUUCUUCACCCAGAAACCGAGCAAUCACAUCAAGGCGCACCACAGACGCAUCAACACUGCCUUUCGCAGCUUCAGGUACUUCAAUUUUUGAUUAACAUCACGUCAGAAUAGUGAAUUCAAUAUGCGGCUCAGCUGUUGCGAAGUCUUGUGCAUUGUCAUCACGUAUUCUGUCUCACAGGAGGUUCGUGCGCUUCGCAUAAAAACAUAAUUUUUUGUCACAAAGACAGCCACGGCGCGCGUAACUGCCUUCGUAACGAAUGCGGUGGUGUUGGGUAGUCUACUAUUUUCAUUUUUUAAUGUAAAAGUAAAAUUAAUUUUUUACAAUAUAUCUGUGCAGUUAUUGAUAAAACUGCCACCAUCGGCACCGAGAUUGAUGGUGGCUCAAAAUAUAAUUUGAUAUUAUCAAAAUAUCAUUUUUUCAUUUGUAAAAACAACAUAAUGCGAGACCACCAGCUAUAUAGAGACUUGAAACGACAUCAAGUAUGGCAAGGAAAACACAGCCUCACACGUAGCAGCUCUUCAACGACGACGUGCUUUGUGAUACAUAUUUGCAUACCUAGUUUCUAGGUCGUAUUGGUGCAGUGUGAGGCUAUGUUUUCUCACAUGAUACUCUGGUGGUCCCACAGAAACAUAGAACCAGGACGCACUGUCCUGGAACAGAAGAUCGAGCCGAAGUGUCAGUCACCUACGGCAAGGCCUUUUUCAUCAUUUUCUUCAUGGCCUUCGACGAAGAAGACGGGACCUGCGAGUGCGACGCGCGGGACUCACGCUUCAUCGCGGUCUUCAUCUUCCCCUUCAACGCCUUCUCCGCGUUCUUGAUGUCCAGCGCGUCCUCCUUGGACUGCUCCUUCGACAACUUGGCGAUCUCGGCCAUGAUGCGCUUGUUCUCCUUGGUCUUCUGGAUCGCCUGUUUCUGCUGGCGCGGAGAGGCCAUGAAGUCGUCGAUCGCCUUCUGGUCCUUGGGGCCCAAGAUGGCCUCCAGCGCGUCCUGCAUCUUCUCCUGCGGGGUCUUCGCCAUGGGGUCGGCACCCUCGUGGAUCGAAAUGCGCGCUGCAAUAUGCUAUGCAAAAGUGUCAGUUUCAUAUGGAAAAUUCGAUAUUCAGCAUGACAGACAAGAACGCGGCUUCUAGGCAUAACAUGCGCGUCGCUAUCGCGACACAAAUACCACAACGUGCGCAGUUUCAGCACGUCGUAUUUCAUGUAAACACGUGUUGCGCGUGGUCACAUACGAGCCUAUUUGAAGAUACCGAAUCUGCAUACACAACUAGCACACGAACGAGUACACUUUGACCGAAUUUUCCACAUGAAGCUGACACUUUUCACAACGCGUAGUGCUUGCCCUCGUUGUCCAGGAAGUCCAGCUUCAGGGGGACCGGCGCGACGGACGCCUGCAUCUCCUCCAGGCGGGUCUUGGCCUUACCGACGGAGGCCUUCUGUUCCUUGAUCGCGGAGGCCACCUUGUCGUCGGCGGCCUUGAAGGCGGUGGGGUUCACGCCCUGGGACAUGGUCUGCGAGUUGGUGGUCGGCUGGGACGCGGAGGUGACGACCGGCUGCAUGAGCAUCUGUGUUGGAUGUUCAAUCACAAAUUCGGAUUUGGUGGUGACAAUACGAAAGAUGAAAACCGAUUUUUUUCUUUACGACAGCAUCAACUCCAACUACAACAUCUCCGCUUGGAAAGCCGACUUAUUUCUGUUCUACGAUAGCAACUACAUUACCUGUCCGUUGGGUCCGGGGGUCAUCUGAAAGACCAUCUGCUGGGACUGCUGCAUGCCCAUGUUCUGCGAACCGAGCGGGGUCAUCCCGACAGCGGGGGUCAUGCCGAUACCGGGGGUCAUGCCCAUACCCUGGGUCAUCGCGGGGGUGGUACCCAUGCAGGACUGCAUCGACUGGGCCUGGGCGACCUGCGCGUUGGCCACGUUGGUGGCACCGUUCUUCGCGGAAUUGGCCAAGUCGAUCUCAUCGGGGGUCGGGCAGCGGGUGACGGCCAAAACCCACUGGGGCGACUUGCCGCACUUCGACAGGGCCAAGGCGGUGGUCUGCAGGUUGCGGAACCGGGCAACCGGACACUUCUCGAUCAGCUGUUGUUGGUGUCGAGGAGGAUAAUGUUGUUCAUCAAAGUUAGCAAUACGAUAUCCACGUGCAAACUCUAUGUGGGAAUACAGGAUUUACAGCGCCAUAUGUGUCAUGCGUAUUUGUACUAUGAAAAAGCAUGACGCAAACACAAACUUGUAAUGCAUGUAUACCAGGUGGGGCGGCACACGCAUCUCGAUGAGCAGCCAUUUCCACUGGAUCUCGUGGUAAAUCCACCGGCACACCCACAUAGCAGAUUUCCGGCACAAAGUACUCAACAAGAUCUGGCAGAUUUCCAAGGGCAACUCACCAUAGCCUGAAGGUGUUUUUGAGGAGAAAAUUAUAUGAGAUGAUAAUCAUGUGGGGAAAAUUCACAAGCACAAAAAAUCUCUCACUCUCACUCAGCAAAGGUGUGAUGGAAAACAUGCAUAUUCUAUACGGCAUGGCACAUGCCCCAAGUCCUCCAUCGAAACAAUUCCUGCAUGCAACACAAGGUGUGUAAGCCAACGUCUACACUUACGUUGGAGAGAGCCGGGAAACGCUUGGCGCGACAGCUGAUUCAUCAUGACAAACCCGUGCUCCUGAGCACUCAGCUCCUCCUCCAGAUCUUCCAUCACAGCUUUGUGCAACGCAAUGUCUGCGGUACUCAUUUUUCCGACCUGGGCCUUGAUAAAUUCAAGGGCUGACUGAGGCUGCUUCUUCGGCGGCAUUAUGUGUUUGUUUGUCAAGCUGUCAGCGUAUAGCCGAUGCUGAAAAAAAACUGCUCUCUCACGUGAAUUUCCCCUACGGUUUUUCAUUGAGUGGCCAAUUGAAAAGAAGGUUGGAUGAAAACAUGUGCUAUGCGCUAUGGUGAUGAAAUUUCGAAGACGUAAGAAGACACAACUACUUGACACGGAAAGCAACUCAAUCGCCCGGGGAUCUCACACGCAACUCAAACUUGGAAAGCGGAAGUACAACAUUGACUUACGGGGAUCUAUUUUGUGGAGGCAAAGUACGGAGGAGAUGCUGCAAUACGGAAACAGAUCAGGUAGUUCGUUUUCUUUCUCGACUUCACUAGAACAGACAAAUCAGAAAAACAUUUUAGAAUUUGGUGUUGACAACAUUUGAGAAUUCUUGUUCGUAAUGCAAUGCAAAACAAUAUUAAGGCUUGCACACGUCUGAAUUCAAUUUCUAGUCAGGCACUUAUCCGUUCCACACAUAUUUUUCACACAAACUCAUGUCCACAACACUUCAACAUCAUUCGCUCCUCAGGUCCACUCCCGUCGUCCCACCUUCGGCUGGUCCAUAGGCUACGGCGUCGCCAGGGUUUAGCGUUAUGAGACGCAUCCGUGACAGCAUUCAGGCUAGCUAGUUCAUCGUGCUAAUAGCACCGUAAAUACAAUGCAAACAAGUAGCUAUUUUUAAUAGCUAGCGAAUGAUUUUGAAAAUAGCUAGCUACUCGACAGUUAUUCUCGUUAUAAUGCUGUGAAUGAUGCGAAAAUGGAACGAAUUCCUCACGACUCACGUUGAUCUGGAACGCGGGAUAGCCGUUCUUGGCUUUGUUCCAAAAACUCACGCUGAGACGAGGAAAGAUAUUACUUAAGUACCCCAUGUACCGCAUUUGAAAAAAAACACACACAGGACGGCUGGAACAUAAUGGAUUGGGCAAACCUGAUACUGCUCAUCGUGUACGCGAUCAUGCGCGUCCUGGCAUUCAGCACCGCGGGCGGGUCGGUGAGCACGGACAUCGCCAAUCAGGCGAUGCUGUUCGACUUGACCAAAAUAGCCUACUAUAUCAAGGAGAUGCGGAGUUGGAACGCCUACAACGCCGUCUUGAUUUGGGUGAAAACGGUGAAGUAUGUUACCUUCAUCCCCUACGUGACCAUCAUGAUGCACACACUGAAGUACAGCUGGAAGUUCUUCAUCUCCUUCGCCGUCAUCUUCUUGUCGAUCUUCCUCGGCUUCUCUGUGGGCUUUGUCGGAGGGUAUAGUUUAGAUAGGGGAUCGAUUGUUUCUUUUAUUCUUUGCCUUGAACUACAAUUGGAAUAAGUUUGCUGACAAGAAGUUCUUCAUCUUCGUUGUACAUACUAGGUGCAAGGCAUAUCUAAAAAAAAAUAAUCCCUCGUCGGCAUUUGUCGACAGAAACAUCAUGCUUCUAAGAAGAUGAAAUGCAGCUCUUGUCUUCUUCUGAGCCGCCUCCAUCUUGGUAGCCCGUUGUUCUUCACGAUGGAACCUUCUUAGCAUGUUGUUUUUGUACUAAAAAAAUCUGCAAACGAACCAGGUUCGGCGACAAAUUCGAAAAAGUGAACACGUUUGGGAAGGCCUCUUUGUUUCUCCUGCAGUCAUUAUGAGAACGCACAACUUCUCCCCCUCUCCGCCGCGGCCCUCAUCUGUCAUGCAAAAACCCAAUAUACGUAUUCACCCUUUUCCCCUUAUGUCGCAGUUUGCAUGACAGGUUUCUUCCGGGAGCCCAAACAGCGCUACAAUCCUGAGUUGCGAUUUGUCAUGUAUGAAUAUAACAGGAAUCUCAACUGCACUCUUAGAUCUCAACGUUGAGACCUCACAGCUCAACGUUGAGAAAUAUAUCUCAACGGCCGGCUCACGAAAUCGAUGCCGCCUGCUCCACUAGGGUUUCGGGUUUAGGGCUUGGGGUUUAGGGUCGUCGGGCAGGGCAGCCGCCGCCGGCCGGCCGGCCGGCGGCGGCUGCCCUGCCCGACGAUUCUCUUCUUCUGCCCUUGUGCAGUGCCUUCCCGGCGCGCGUGCUCCCGUUGCGCCUUGUGCUUUUCUAAUUGUGUGGCCUUCGUUUCCCGCCCGGUCUGUUGCUCUGGUUUUUCCAUGGGGCUGCAGUCUUUUGCGCCGGUGAGUUCUUGGGCGUGUUUUUCGUUGAGACCAGUCGUUGAGCUCAUCGGAAAGUCGUUGAGGCCUAUCAGGCCGUUGAGAUGCACUUGUUGAGAUGAAACCGUUGAGAUUCCUGUAUAACAACCAAUAUAAAACCUGCACAACUUCGCUUGCCCAUGCUUCUCUUGCUGCUCAUGCGUAGCGUAUGCACCAUUACAAAUGGCUUCGGUUCAAAUCAGAUUAUCAAAAUGAAAUCAGAUUAUUACAAUCAGGCUAGUUGUGCAAUCAAGUUACUGAAUUCAGAAUAUCACUGAAAUCAGGGGUCUGGGUAGGGUUUGGGGUCUAGGGUUUGGGGUUUCUGGUCGUCGGCCAGGGCAGCCGCCGCCGGCCGGCCGGCCGGCCGGCGGCGGCUGCCCUGGCCGACGACGCUGUCUUCUCGUUGUUGCGCCAAUGCGCCCCGGCGCCUCGCCCGCCCUUCUGCUUGUGCUCUUGCCCCGUCGGGGGUCUCGCUGACGGACCCCGCCGGACAGCUCCUUGGUCGGCUGGGCGCGUCACUGAUUCCGGCGGACCGUUAGGGCCGCCCGGCGUGCGUUCGUUCAGGUUGGUGUAGACACUUCGCUUCCUUCCUAAGUUGUUUCGCUUCUAGUUGAGUCAACUUCAACAAAUCUGAUCUCACAAAAAAUCUGAUUUCAGUAACCUGAUUGCAUUUCGUAAUCUGAUUCCACAAUUUACGCAAUCUGAUACGACCAGCGUCCAUUACAAAUGAGGGGGAGCAGCAGGAGGGGUAGUUGUGCGCUCUCAUACUCGUUCGUCGGCUCUGCUUCCUUCGGGGAGAUGUACAAGCUGUCACCGAUUUUGGCGGGCGUUUUGAUCGGGAUGUUCAUCAUUUAUCCUGAGUGAAAACGUCCCCACACCAGAGUCAAGAUGGGGAAUCUGCUAGACAAAUCAGCCAGCUUUGGUUGUUUUGCAUGGCAGGUUUGUCCUUGUAUUGUAGUGUUGUUUAUUGAGGUAGUUCAGCAGCAUCACAGAUCUAGUGCAUCAUGCUGAUUGAAGAGUGACAAACUCUAAAACACGAUACGAGCAAAAUGCUUCUCAUGGGGCUCCGCAUGAGAAACUGAAACACUUUCAGCAUCAUGCAGAUCUGCGUUACAACUAUGGGGUGGGUGCCACGUUUUUAAAUAUGAUAUCAUUUUGAUUUUCUUCAUCCUGCUCAACUUGUUUAUGGCGAUCAUGGUAGUCGUAUCAACUGCAAAAAUGUCUGGGUCUAGAAGAGUGCAAGUUUGUCAUGCUUGUCUGGCAUGACUCUCAAAUCUGUGUUGCGUGAGCACGAAGAGGCUCUCUUGCAUGUCAUGCAAAAACGCAGUUUGCCAUGCGGAAUACGCAACACCUAGCAGCCCAAAAAGUUGUCAUGCUUGGCUGCGUAUUGCAGUGCGAACAUCAUUGAUUUUUAGCAUUACAAGUUUGCAGACCGAGACCCAGACAUAUUUGCAGUCUAUAGGUCGCUCUGUCCGAGGCAAAAUCCCAAGCCGUGCAGGAUGACGACGACGCGUGGACCAAGUUCAAACUAUCACGAGGAAAAAUCCCCCCUCCCCAUAUUGAAAAGGAGCGCCUCUGCAAAUUUGUGAUGCUGAUUUGUGACCACAAAUCGUGUCUGUCUUGCAAGGGGGCAACUCCGCGCAGUCCGCCGCAUUUUGUAGGCGGUUUGUGAUGCUGCUGGGCCUAAAGCGUAGACGUUUCUCAUGCUUGGCGCCUACGUCAAAAGUUCUCUGCUGAGGCUUAGUAUGUGCCUGCAGUCCUCCUCUGCAAGACAGAGCUGAUUUGUGUACGCAAAUCCAGCAGCGGAAACUUUGUUUCGAUAUGUGGAGGGGGUAUUUUUCACUGUAAUACAAACAGAAGGUAGCCAACGUGAGCUCGGUCUUGAAGGAACAUUUAUCACUCGACGAGCACAUCGAGUAUUGGCUUCCCGGGUUGCAUCACCGAAGAAGACUCGCGACCCAGAGCAGGAAUGAGUUACUCAGAAGAAGACAGGUACAGGAUAUAUAACCAUAUUUUUUACCAAAACUGGGUGUCAGAAAAAUGAAGAUUGUUCUACUUGAUUUUGUUACAGUAGCAGUGGCUUCGAACGAAGCAAUGCUCAUGCAUUCCUUCCGAUGGUCGCAAGUUUAAUUUGCGACACCACAUAUCAUGUAUCCAAACCCAUUCUUUGAUACAUGAAUCCGACUGGAAGUAAGAAUGUGGAAAGCAGAAAUUAGGAGAAUCUAUCUUUCCUAUGCUGUGACUGGAUAUUAUUUGAAGAAAGUUUAUUUUCUCAAUAAAUUGAAAACCAGGAGCGCAAAAACGCACUGGACAUGCGAAAGAGGAUAGCGCUGGGGCGCAGCGCUAAUUACGAUGAUGGCGAAGAUGACGGCGGUCCGGAAAGUCCAACCGCCGGCCGGGUGAAGGUCGCGAAGCAACGAAAGGGGAAGGACGACGAGAGCUUUGCGGGUAUCGGGUCGAGCACCGCGCUCCCCUUGACCAUGCCGCUGGAGGGGAAAUCGCAGGACGGGCAGUCGGACAGUGACGAGUCCGAGGUUGACAUUGGCAUCUUGUCCUCCAGCAAGGCAAAGCUCCGAAAAAAGAAGCAGGCGACGGGUGGCGUCACGGAGUCGGAGUUGAUAUUGCAAUCGGUAUGAGUUUCUGCAAAUGAUUUUACUUAUAAUGGCGAUCCGAUAAUUAUUGCACUUUCGGUGCCGCCUCGUGUUUUGUACCCUUAUUUCCUCACAUCGAUAUCGCGUUCAUGACGACCACGUGGCAUCCAUGUUAAUUCAUGCUGCUUGCGUCUGCUCUUUGUUCUGUCGUGCCUGUAUCUAGUAAGGGUUGAACAUACAAGUGAGAUUGAGAAUAAUUUUUACAAGUCAAUAUCGAAAUCGUUCCACAGGUCCAGCACAUUUCCUCGCUGCUAGCCAGAAGAACGGAGACCGUCAAAGUGCUGCUGUUGCAGGAAAUGCAGGACGUGAAAACUAUUUGUCAUGUGGUUUCCGACGUUCUCGAGAUUCUCGCGCGGCGUGGAAACGAUCUGAGCAAACAGCAGCAGACUUUCAUCGAAAGUCUCGGAUUCUAGAAGUAGUGCCGGAUUUUAACUAAUUGAUUCCUGUCGUCGAUGAUCUGAGAAGGGCGAUACAUAAUUCACAUCAUCGAAGGAGCGAAUCAGAACAGUGCGGCACGCUGUUGCAGUACCCAAUUGAUUCCGAACAAAUUUGUACUCAAGUUCCUUAGGACGCUAAAGAAUCGCAAACAAGAAAUCUAGGAGAAACUACUACACAAACCUUUGAAUCUACUAAUUAUGACGAGAAUCGGACACGUGGAUCUGACUUCUACACUUUUUACUCAAACCUUUGAAUCGCAGACGUCGCGGGGUCGUUUAUUUCUCCCAAGUUCUGACAGGGGAAAAUACUUCAAGGCCCGCGAUGGGAAAACGGGCUGUGCGCACCGUUGAAGGAAUUGAAUUCGAAUUCGCUAGAGGGUUGACCUUUUAGUACUUGCAGGACGUUUCGAUUAUAAUGUAAAAAAAUCUUCAGAAGAGCUCUUGAAACU